UGCGGCAUAGUCGACAGUUUGCCUCGAGCUUUCUUACUAGUCAAGUUCUAGCCAUAAGAAUGUGCCUUUGUUAAUUUAAGUGUCAUAUUUUUACGAUGGACAACAAUCCAGAUUCGCCAGAUUCGAUUUCCAGCGAUCAAUUGACCGUGGACCUUCUAAAUUCGCGCACAAAGCGACGCCGUCUCGUUUUGAGUGAUCCAAACGAUAUUAUUACCGAUGAUGUUGAACGUAGCGAUGGUCAUGGCACCUCUGUUGAUAUUAAACCCAAUAACAACAACGAUGUAACUUUCGUGUUGAUGGAUGAGGACCAAAAUCCCGAAAACGGCACCGACGAUGACGCCGAGGAACGUUUAACAACUGGCGGUCACGGAUCAUUAACGUUAAGCGGGAAUUCUCCAGGAUACGGGGCUGGUGGCUCCGGAGCUCCACACCGUGGCUCCGGAGGCCUCCACCACAGUUCAGCAAUGCAACAUCAAUUACCUCAGCCCGAUUUCCAACCCCCAUACUUUCCACCACCGUUCCAUCAUCCACCGAGUCCACCUCCCCAGCAGCACUUAGAAUAUCUCACGGAUCCUUACGGCGGCCUUUCUGGUUUACACCAUUAUAACCAGCUUGGUCUUAGGCCUAGAGACGGCGAUCCUAAUCACGCACAUGUGGGCCAAUUAAGUCACAGUGCGGGAUUUCCUUACGGGGCGGCCGGUGGCGGAAGGCCCGAUUAUUCACUAUCGGCGCCUCAGCGAACCCACGACGACGCCCUAGCGCUACAUCAAGCGUUGGGACAAGCGGUGGAUGAUGCGCAGGGUGGCUUGGACGAUAACACCGGCUUCAUCUCCGAUUUGCCACUGAUAAAAAGUGCGUUUAUAGGUAUAAAGGGUGGAAAGGAUCACGGUGGUAACACGAUCGUUUCGCCUAGUGAUGUGUUCUGUUCAGUUCCUGGACGAUUAUCUCUCCUUUCGUCCACAUCAAAGUACAAAGUAACCGUUGGGGAAGUACAAAGACGUUUAUCGCCACCCGAGUGUUUAAACGCGUCAUUGUUAGGCGGCGUUUUGCGGCGGGCAAAAAGUAAAAAUGGCGGACGGAUAUUGCGCGAGAAAUUGGAAAAAAUCGGUUUAAACCUUCCGGCGGGUCGCCGAAAAGCGGCGAACGUGACACUUUUAACGUCGUUAGUUGAAGGUGAAGCCAUUCAUUUGGCGAGGGACUUCGGUUACGUUUGCGAAACGGAGUUUCCCGCGCGACAGGUGGCGGAAUACCUCAGCCGACAACACGGAGAAUCGUUGCGACGUAAAGAGUUGUUACAGGCGACGAAACAAGUGACGAAAGAACUGAUGGAUUUGUUAAAUCAAGAUAGAUCUCCAUUGUGCAAUACACGGCCCCAAAUAAUACUCGACCCCUCAAUACAGCGGCACUUAACUCAUUUUUCCCUAAUCAGUCACGGAUUUGGCAGCCCGGCGAUAGUGGCGGCGUUAACGGCGAUACAAAACGUUUUAAGUGAAUCCCUUAAAUAUUUGGAUAAAAUUUAUCCGAAUCAAAAUAGUCAAGGACAAUCUAUGUUAGUGACUUCUUCACUAGAUAAAGCAAAAUUAGAGGACAAAAAGUGACACAAUUUCUUUACCAAAAAAGUUAUUGUGUCGAUGAUAACUUUUUUGUACUUAUGUGUUGUGAUCUGAUCUUAUACUGAGGAUGACGCGCUUGUGACGAAACAUGUAUGUUUGUGACAUUAUUUUAUUGUUCAAGACUUUGUUAUAUAAGUAUUAUCUUACUUGUUUUUUUAUUGUAAUUUAUCAUUAUUAAUAUUGAAAUAUAUUUUUUUCAAACAGU